GGUCCUGCAAUAAAGUGUUCACCUCAUGCCUGUACAUUUUGGCUGGUCUGUUUUAACAAAGUAGCUAACGUUAGCUUGCUAAAGUAAGUAAGCGCCACACUUGAUGGAUUAGGAUGUUAAGAUUAGCAUGGCGUCGGUCGGCGUCCAAAAAUAGCCGGGUGGAGCCUGCACGCCUUUUAACUGUAGCUUUUUUAGGAGCGGAUAGUCCACAGCAGAACUCAGGGGGUAACAUUAACGUUAGGUGCUUCAGACACAUUCCCCACCCACCACCAAGCGAUAGGUUACCGCUCCUCCAUCCCCAGCCGGCCUGCUACCUCAGUUCAUCUGUCUUUAUGAGCAUGGCGUCAGGGGGUGAAGGGCCAUCAUCCACCCCUCACAGACACACCAACAGGUUAGCCAAGGAGAGGUCGCCCUACCUGCUCCAACAUGCACACAACCCUGUUGACUGGUAUCCAUGGGGUCAAGAUGCUUUUGACAAAGCAAAAAAUGAAGACAAACCGAUCUUUUUAUCAGUGGGCUACUCAACUUGUCAUUGGUGCCAUGUUAUGGAGAGGGAGUCUUUCGAAGAUGAGGAAAUUGGCAAAAUCCUUAGUGACAACUUUGUCUGCAUCAAAUUAGACCGAGAAGAGAGACCUGAUGUGGAUAAGGUCUACAUGACCUUUGUACAGGCAACAAGUGGAGGUGGAGGAUGGCCCAUGAGUGUAUGGUUGACCCCUGACCUACGACCUUUCAUUGGAGGUACCUACUUCCCUCCUAGAGACCAUGGAGGAAGACCUGGGCUCAAAACAGUUCUCACCAGAAUCAUGGAACAGUGGCAGAAUAACCGUCCUGCUUUGGAGUCCAGCGGCGAGAGGAUCCUUGAAGCUCUAAAGAAAGGUACGGCCGUUGCUGCAAACCCAGGAGAGAGUCCUCCUCUGGCCCCAGAUGUUGCUAAUCGCUGCUUCCAGCAGUUGGCGCAUUCCUACGAGGAGGAGUAUGGUGGCUUUAGAGAUGCUCCCAAGUUCCCCACACCAGUGAAUCUGAUGUUCCUCAUGACUUACUGGUCUGUGAAUCGCUCCACCUCAGAAGGGAUCGAGGCUCUUCAGAUGGCCUUGCACACACUCCGCAUGAUGGCGCUGGGAGGCAUCCACGACCAUGUGGCACAGGGUUUUCAUCGUUACUCUACAGAUUCCUCAUGGCAUGUUCCCCACUUUGAAAAGAUGUUGUACGACCAGGCUCAGCUGGCUGUAGCCUACAUAACUGCCUCCCAGGUAUCGGGUGAGCAGCUCUUUGCAGAUGUGGCUAAGGACAUACUGCUCUACGUCUCCAGAGACCUGAGUGACAAGUCAGGGGGUUUCUACAGUGCAGAGGAUGCAGACUCUGUCCCAGCAUCAGGGGGACCAGAAAAGCGUGAAGGGGCUUUCUGUGUCUGGACAGCCUCAGAAGUUCGGGAACUGUUGCCAGAUGUGGUGGAGGGCGCCACUGGAUCUGCCACACAGGCAGACAUCUUCAUGCACCACUAUGGCGUGAAGGUGCAAGGCAAUGUUGCUCCAGAACAGGACCCCCACGGGGAGCUGCAGGGCCAGAAUGUGCUGAUCGUGCGUUAUUCAGUGGAGUUAACGGCUGCUCACUUUGGCAUCAGUGUUGAGAAAGUCAACGAGCUCCUGGCCUCCGCCAGAGCCAAAAUGGCAGAAGUGAGGAAGCGUCGGCCACGCCCACAUCUGGACACCAAGAUGUUGGCCUCCUGGAAUGGUCUCAUGCUCUCGGCCUACGCUCGUGUUGGCGCUGUACUGGGGGACAAGGCCCUGCUGGAGAGGGCAGUGCAGGCUGGCAACUUCCUAAAGGAGCACCUGUGGGAUGCUGAGCGGCAGACCAUCCUCCGAUCCUGUUACCGUGGAGACCAGAUGGAGGUGCAACAGAUAUCUCCGCCUAUUUCAGGUUUCCUGGAUGACUAUGCCUUCAUCAUUUGCGGCUUGCUGGACCUGUAUGAGGCCACGCUGCAGACGGAGUGGUUGCAGUGGGCCGAGGAGCUGCAGCUCAGGCAGGACGAGCUGUUCUGGGAUGACCAGGGCGGAGGCUACUUCUGCAGCGACCCCAGUGACAGCACUGUUCUGCUACAACUCAAAGAGGAUCAGGACGGAGCUGAGCCCAGCGCUAACUCAGUGUCUGCUUCCAAUCUCCUGCGUCUGUCCCACUACACUGGAAGACAGGAGUGGCUCCAGAGGUCCCAACAGCUGCUGGCAGCCUUCUCUGACCGUCUCACCAGGGUCCCCAUAGCACUGCCUGAAAUGGCCCGGGCUCUUAUGGCCCAGCACUACACACUUAAACAGAUCGUGAUCUGUGGCCAGAGGGAUGUCCCAGACACCACAAGUCUUCUAGCAGUAGUCAACUCCCUCUUCCUACCAUAUAAGGUCUUGAUGCUCAUUGACGACGAUGCAGACAGUUUCCUGUGCCAGCGUCUGCCCGUCCUCUCCUCCAUGUCCCAGCAGGGUGGUGUCGCCACAGCCUACGUCUGCCAGGACUUUACCUGUUCUCUUCCUGUUACUGACCCCCAGGAACUACGCAGGCUACUGCUGGACGGGACCACGGAAUUGCAGGCAGAAUGAUGACUGAAUUAAAGAAUGCCAGUGUAUAAAAAGUCGAUACUCUACAUUGGUAGGAAUAGUUACAGUACCAUGAGGUGACUGGGGCUUCUGUCCUUCAUUCCAGACCUGAAACUCCAGCCUAUUCUUUAUUAGCAAUACCAGCUAAGUAGCAGGCUUUUUAGCAGGCUUUCAGAGACAAUUGAUCAGUGGAGCUAUAUUGAAAUUCAGGUGUACAAAUGUCCUUAUAAAGAAAUAUGCAGCAGUGGCAGCCUACUGAAAAUAUGCAGCACUUGUACAAAAUGUCCUGGCUUGACUGUUAGCCCAGAAGUAAACUACAGACUCUUAAUAGACUAUGACCUAAGACCACUUGGAUGAAUUGGGCCGACAAUAUUUUACAGAUGAACCAAUCUGCCCUGUUGUCCUCUCCUAGCCCUGUGUUCCAGCUCCUGCAUUCAUGUCACAUGGAUCUGACAGUGGAGGACUGUGUGUGUGUUUCAGUGUAUGAAAAAAAGUUGGUUUGCAGGUUUGUAUGUACAUUAUUUUUUAAAGUUUAUCGCGUGUGCAUUUGAUUUCAUUUGUAAUAACAUCACAGUGAACAAGCUGCUCUCCUAUGAUCCUCUGUUUACCAUCUGCUCUCACCCCUGCUUAUAUGUCUGUUAUCUCGAAUUCCACGGGAGAGGAUUCUUCUCCACUGCUGCAGAGACUCAUGCCUCGUGGCUUUUAUCUUGAGUUUUAGACAACAACAAUACACCGCAUAUAUACGCACAACCCUGAAUAAUAAAGAUAUUUCCCUUAUAA